UUAGCAUUUUGGGGCGCUUCCAGGCGGCAGUCAAAUGCCCGAGCCUUGCCAUUAGGCGGGCGGUUAACUAGCGGUUAGCCACCGACAGAGCCGUCAACGUUCAAUUGGCCCCCUGAAAACGGAAUCGCAGACGCAGUCGGAGUUGGGAUAGGAGUUGGACUCGGCUUCGGAUUCCGAUUCAAAGUGGAGGAGCAGCAGACGAUGUUGUGGCGGCCGCAGACAGACCUUUCUCUUUGUGUUGGUGCUGGAUGGUUGGCUGGCUGGCUGGCUGGCUGGUUGGCUGGUUGGCUUGCUGAUCUGGCCUGGCCCGGCACGACGAGCCGCAAAGGUCGGCCGCAGUACUCGGUUCGGCUCUCGGCCAAGACGAGUCUCGGCCACGGGUUUUAUAAAUACAAGUGUUGGCCGCACAACGGCAAAGAUUCGUUGCUGAACGUGCAGCGCGCGCGAUCCAUUAAAUCCCAUCCGACUCGACUCGACUCGACUCGAUUCACUCUCCUUGCAGGAAAGACACGCCGGCAAUGCUCAAUGCAGAUGCAGCAGAUGCAGCCAUCGUAACCCCCUGACUGCCUGACAAGGAAACAACCGAAAAACAACAACUGACAAAAUAUCCCCAGUGACUGUGAAAGUAACCAACGGACAGAUCCAGAUACAGAUAUUCAAUUACUAGUCUCUUUGGCAUUGCCUAGGGCCUGUUAUUUUUUGUUGUUGUUGUUUUUUUUUUGUUGCUGUUGGCGGUGUGGCAGUUGUGUCGGAGUGCUGCAACACCAUGAGGAUUCAAAUAUGGGUCCUAACACUUUUGCUGGGCCUCCUCUGCGCCCAGGCACUGGAAACCAACGCCAAGAGCGACAGCACCAGCAGCAUCGGCGAUAGCAAGAGCGCCGCCUCCACGCCGCUGGAGUCGGAGGCGUCUAAGGACAAGCGCCAGGUGAGCAGCAAGGAGACGCCCCUCUAUCCCAAUCACCGCAGUGCGGAUCCAGCGGCAGCCGACGAUCCCGAGGACGGGCAGGAGACCAUUUACGGCACGAAGCCGAAUCAGUUCAUCAUACGACCCAUUGCCCCGCAUCAGCAUCAGCAGCACGAGGGGCACCAGGAGCCGCAGCUACGGAACUUUGCGGCGGCCAACUCCCGGCCGCAUGCCGCCCAACUGCUGGAGCAGAGCCAAGAGGUGCAGCAUUAUGUCUACCUGCAAGAUAUUAUGCGCCAUCACCAGCCCAAGGCCCUGGGGGCCUCAGGUCAAGGCAAGGGUGCGGCCAGCAACCCGAAGAAGUCGUCCACACCGGUCGCUGAAGAGGAACAGGAGCAGGAGGCGGAGCAGCGCUAUGCCGUUUCCAUUCAGCCGCAGCCGCAGCUGCAGCAACGCCCUCGUCCCUAUCCCGGAGUGGGUCCCUACCAGCUACCACUACCAUUGCCUGCUCCCCAGCAUCAGCAGGGUCAUCCCCAACAGCAUCAACACCAGCACCAAUCCCAGCAGCCAUAUCAGGUCAUACCCGAGGAGCAGUUCCUGAAACUGCUGGAGGAAGAGUUGCAGGCGAGAGCCUACCACGAGCAACUGCGUCAACAACAGCAGCAGCAGCAGCAUCAGCAGCAACAGCAGCAUCAGCAGCAACAGCAGCAACAGCAACAGCAUUCCCAGCAGCAGGCGCAACAACAGCAGCACAAGCAAUUGUCCAUCCACAGCACAGCGGCCACCCACAAGGUGCUCCAGCAGGCGGAACCGUCUCUGGGCUUGGGCGGCUAUCGCGAUCGUUUGGUGGCCGAGCAGGAGCUUGUGUCGCCUGCCUAUUCACAAUCCCAGUCCCGAGGGGGUCCCAAGUAUCUGCCCUUGUCACAGGCCCAGCAAUUCGAGGAGGAGGAGGUGGCCCAGCAGCAGCAACAGCAGCAGGCCCAGCGCAGUCAUCUACACAAGCCCAUCCACCAUCAGGGACAACCGCAUCAGCAGCAACUAAUCUCCGGUCUUCCCCCACAGAUUGCCUACUACCAACCGCAGAUCAGCUACAAGACCCUGCCCAACCAUCCGCUAGCCAAGUCCUCGCUGGAAAGUGAGAUUGAGAAACUGCUGGCUGCCAAUAAGCCCGGACCGGCCCUUGCCUAUGUCGACAGCAGUAAUGAGCCGACCUAUAACCACCAGCAGCCAUCGGCUCGCCACCCGCUGCCUCUACAGCAUCCGCCGCCGCCCACCUCGCAUCCAGCACUGCGCCAACCCAAGGCCUACCUGGCCAGUACCCCCAACUCCCUGUUGGACGCUAACAACCAGCCCUUCGUCCCGUCACUCUUCAAGUUCAGCAACUACCAGCAGCCCACGCCCAUCUAUCCCACUCAGGCCGCUCCCCUUUCAGAGCCCAAGAGGCUAGGACCCGUGGUGUACCCUACGCAGACCGCCAACCAACCACAGCCCUCGCAAUACUACUACCAGGAGGCGGCACCCACUGCCGGUCCCAAGCCAUCCCCCCACCCAAAGCCCUACCUUCGCUCCAAGCACUAUAAACUGGCCGCACCCUCGAAGGCUCUGCUCUAUGCCGACUACGAUCGCAGUCAGGGACCACCGCCACCGCAGUCGGCUUCGUCCAGCUUCUAUCCCAGUCCGCCGGAUCCGAUAAAGCACACACAGAGAACCCUAGGAGUGACACCCACAUCUCUUCCCCUGCCCGACUAUCCCUCGCCGUCGCCUUCGCAGUCCAGCAUCUAUGUUUCGCAGGGCACUGGAAUCGUGACGCCAUCCCGCGCUACGCCCACAGGCACGCCGGUCCAGAAGCUGCGGACGCUGGACGAAGUGAAGCAACUGAAUCUGCCGCCCCCUAACGGAAAGCCCCUCACCCAGGCCGAGUUCCAGGCGCUGGUCGAUGCCGGAUACCCGGUGAAGGCGGUGCCAGUGCCAGUGCCCGUCCCAUACGAGCAAUACGUCAAGGAUCAUCCCGAGUAUCGCAAUCACCCUCCAGUGGACUAUGCCCACCUCAUGCGACUGGCCACGCGCCAGUUGGCCACCCAACAGCAGCAACAGCAGCAUCACCAUCAUCGCUCGUUGGCCGCCCCCUCGGAGCCGUCGGUGAAGAUCAUCUCCUCGCCCACGGCCAGCGAUCUACAGCAGCAGACGGCAACGGGCAUUGGCGGCGGCAGCGUCACCUAUUUGCAGCCCAUCGAGGGACAACAAGCCCAUCUGCAUGCACAUGCCCACGCCCUACAGAAGCGACGUCCGAGAGAUGAGCAGGACACGGCCGUGGCGGGCAGUGAGACCAAGGCGGCCGCACCAGAGGCGAAAGCGCGACCGCAGACAGCACAGAAGGCUCAAUGAGGCAAGCGGCUUCCUGUUUUUUUU